AUGAAUUAUCUUUUAUUAGAUCACCCGCUACGAGAGGAGAUCACAAGAGACGUUGCAGCUUCGGAACUGCUGAUUCUUGCAGUAUGUUGUCUGAUGAAGAUGUUGAAGAGUGCAAGAGAUACGUUAAAAAGCCCCAUUGGAGAGGUAGAGCCGUGCACCAUUUACAUUGUUCCAUUUAUCGAAUUGCUCCUUAUGGAUCCUGUCGCGGUGUAUUUCUGCGAUGGGCCAAGCAACCUGAUUACAUUAUCAAAGAAGUUGACCAAUCAUCUUGGGGCUAAGCAAAGGACACGUGAAGCGAAAGUACAAGAAGAUCUCGACAAACUUUACCUCUUUUGCACCGAUCUCAUCCGAAUAACUGUGUUUAGCAAAGAUGCGAUUGACUUUUAUAACAUGGCAACAUAUUACAUUAUACUGUAUCUCACCACCCUUUUAUAUGACGCUUUAUAUGUUAUGGCCAUGUUGAUAUACCGAUUUCACUUGAACAGGUUCACGCCUUCCUCACCAGUCUCAAUACAUCCAAUGGUUUUUGAGCAAAUUGAGUUGUAUCUACUGAAAAAAUGGAACCAAGCAGACACCAAGUUUUAA